CGCCCACUUCGAAAGCCAUGGGAGAGCUUCCGCCUCCAGAGCCGCUACGGCUGGGUGAAAAUGUUCCGGACAACUGGGUGAAGUUCAAGCAGCGUAUACAGCUGUAUUUUGCCGCCACCGAGCCGCAGGAACCACAGAAACCACGUACCAAGGCGCAGAAAGCAGCUAUCUUCCUUCAUCUUGCCGGACAAGAGGCCAUCGACGUGUUCAACACCUUGAACAUCAGCGAAGAAGACAAAGUCGACUACGACAAGCUGGUGGAAGCCUUCGACGCCUACUGUCUGCCGCAAAGCAACGAGACGUAUGAGAGGUACGUGUUUGGCAGCCGAGUCCAAGCGGAUGGCGAGGCAUUUGAGCAAUUCUACAGGGACCUGCAGUUGAAGGUUAGGAGCUGUAAUUUUGGCACACUGCGUGCGUCCAUGUUACGGGACCAGAUAGUUUUCGGAACCGCAAGCAAGAGCCUGCGUGAAAAGCUGCUAUCUAAGAAAGACUUGACCCUCGAGAUGGCCGUAGAGGGAGCAAAAGCAGAGGAAGUUGCACUUGCACGCAGUAAAUUAUGGAGCGAAGAAAGAAGUGUUUCUGCGGUAAAGCACGUCAAGGACAAACACCAGGAUAGAUAUCAAAGUAAAAGCAGAUGCGGGUUUUGCGACAGAGUGCACAAGGCUAGGCAAUGUCCUGCUUAUGGCAAGACUUGUGCGAAAUGCAACAAGCCAAACCAUUUCGCUGUGUGCUGCCGAACCAAACCGCCGAAGGUGGAUAACGUUGACCAGCGAAACGAUGUAACGCAGGACAGCGAUAGCGAUUUCAGCGUGCUCGAAAUUUUCGCGGCAGGCAGCAGCGGCAUGAUUAAGUCGAACCGGGACUGGCUGGUUAUCACACGCAUACUUGGCCGUGACGUAAAGCUGAAAGUUGACACGGGUGCUCAAGCCAACUUAAUUCCACUUGGUAUAUUCGAGACAUUGAAAUCUCGACAGCCUCUGCUACCAACUAAAGCUAUUCUGCACAGCUACGAAGGAAACGAAAUUAAGCACUUGGGAAAAGUCCGCCUCGUUGUUCAACUAGGAUCCCAGAGUCACCCAGUCGAGUUUUUUGUCGUCAAAAAAGGAAGGCAGGCUAUACUCGGGCUUGAAGCCUGUGAGCAGUUUGGUUUGGUUAGUGUUGACCACGUCGUUCACGACGUCAGAAGUGAGAGCAACCUGUCUAAGCGCAUACAAAUGGAGUUUAAAGACUUGUUCACAGGUACCGGCAAGCUUCAGCGGGUGUACAGAGCGACCUUGAAGGACGACGCCCGGGCAGUGGCGGAGCCUGCAAGGCGUGUUCCCCUGGCACUACGGCCCCAACUCAAGGAAGAACUGGACCGCCUGGAAGCCGCUGGCAUCAUCACGAAAGCUAGAGAACCAUCUUACUGGGUGAGCCCAUUGGUAGUUGUCCGUAAAAAGAACAGAAAGUUGCGUAUUUGCAUGGAUCCGAGGAAUUUGAACAAAGCGAUCAAGAGGGAGCACUUCCAGCUUCCACGAAGGGAAGAGAUUGAGAGCGAGCUUGCAGGACCACAGUUCACCGCGAAGGAGUUCAAAGAUUUUUACCAGAUGUUUGACUUUGAACAUGUUAUUUCCAGCCCCCAUUUUCCUAGAUCAAAUGGCCUCGCAGAAAAAGGAGUCCAGGUCAUCAAGAGAUUGAUGAAGAAAGCAGGAGCAGCAAGCGACUUCUGGCUGGGGCUCUUAACCUACAGAACAUCACCACUCGAAGACGGCAGGUCGCCCGCAGAGCUUUUGAUGCACCGAAACCUUCGUACACCACUGCCCGAGUUUCAACACUGUCUCGAGUCGCAGCCCGUCAAGCAUAGACAAAACGUGCAAAAGGGCACGCCGUUACCGCUACUUCAAGAAGGCGACACUGUUAGAGUUAUGGACCAUAACUCUUGGCGUUUGAAAGCGAAGGUGCUUAAACUGGUGUGCCCGCGUUCUUACUUGGUUCUCACAGAAGAGGGAAGACAGCUGCGAAGAAACCGCCGAGACCUCAGGCGAACAGCGGAACCUUUCAACGAGCAGAAGACGUGCCCGGUGCGUUUGUCAUCAGAAAGCAGUGCGACGAAUGACGGCUCAUCUUCAGAAAGCAGUGAAACCUUAGUGGAAUCGCCAUCGGGAAGCAGUGAAACAUGUGUGCGCGUGCCAGCGGAAAGCAACGAUACAUCUGUGCGCGUGCCAGUGGAAAGCAGUGAGACAUCUGUGCGCGUGCCAGCGGGAAGUGAAAUUGGUGGAGGUCCGCAUCUAGAAUCCUACGGCACACCACGCAGAAGGGAGGAAGUGACGCCAGCAGCUCUACGGGCGUAG